AUGGCCGACCCCAAGAAGCAGCUUGCGUACAACAUCGUCGAGUUCCUGCGCACCUCUGCCCAGGACGGCACCGUCAAGGAGGACGACAAGGAGUCGCUCGAGGUGGCCGUGCAGGUCAUCAACGAGGCCUUUGGCGUGGACCCAGACUCGGCUGAGGACCAGGCCGCUUACUCGAUCAAGCCCGCAUCGCUCCUCCAGCUCCUUGACGUCCUUACCAAGACCAAGAGCAAGACCGCUUCGGCCGCCGCUGCCCCCGCCGCUGCUGCUACACCUGUUGCCGCUGCUUCGUCGGGCCCGACGCCCUCGGAGAAGGCCAAGGCUGAGCAGCUCAAGACCAAGGGCAACAUGCUCAUGGGCAAGAAGGACUACGACGCCGCCAUUGUUGAGUACACCGCUGCCAUCGCCCUCGACCCCAACCCCGUCUUCUACUCGAACCGUGCCGCUGCCUGGGGCGGUCUCGGCAAGCACGAGGAGGCCGCUGAGGAUGCUGAGCGUGCUAUUGAGCUGGACCCCAAGUUUGCCAAGGGCUUCUCUCGUCUCGGCCACGCCCAGUUCUCGCAGGGCGAGUACCAGAAGGCCAUUGACGCCUACGAGUCGGGCCUCAAGCUCGACCCUACCAACGCCAACAUGAAGUCGUCGCUCGCCACUGCCAAGACCCGACUUGCUGAGCAGACAAGCACCUCGGUCUCCGACCGCGAGCCCGCCCCCGGCGCCGGUGCCGGUGCUGGCGGUAUGCCCGACCUGUCCGCGCUCGCGGGCAUGUUUGGCGGUGGCGGCGCUGGCGGUGCUGGUGGCAUGCCCGACAUUGCCUCUAUGAUGCGCAACCCCCAGAUGAUGGCCAUGGCCCAGCAGAUGAUGGCCAACGGCGGCCUCGAGCGUCUCAUGUCUAACCCUGCUCUCCGUGGCAUGGCAGAGAACAUGCAGAACGGCGGUGGCAUGCCCGACUUCAACGCACUCGCCCAGGACCCGGCCAUGCGUGACCUUGCGUCGCAGUUCAUGGGCGGCCAGGGUGGCCAGGGCCAGUAA